AAACCAAGCAAACAAAUUGAUGUGGGCAAUGCUUCUGUGAAUAAGUAGCGCCAAGUAUGCAUUCCAUUUGCCCCAAGCAAACUAUCAGUCCAGUGCCAUGUUGUUGGUUCGGUGUACUAUCUUGUAAUGUUGAAACUGUAUUAGUGCAUUUCUUGUUUGUGGAGAUCCGACAGAGACCAGAAAUAACUUGUUUAUUGUGUUUUAUCAGUUCUGGGUCCUAGAUGGCAUCUUCUACUCUAAAACCAGGUGUGCCUGUUACUUUGCAAGAGCUAGAGCCAUCCUCAGAGAUGUUCAAGCAAGGGGCAUCCCUCCGAGUAACAGGAAUCCUCCAUUCAUAUGAUGUCGACUCUGCGGUUGCCGUUAUUCAAGAUGGCAGCGCGAAGCUCAAGGUCGACACUCAACACCUGAGAGACAUCAGUUUCCGCUGUAGUUCGACAUACCAGUUCAUCGGCGAACUCCUUAUCCAGCCAAACAGCGAUGCAAUUCUACAAGCACGAGUGGGCAGGAAUGUUGACGGUCUCGACCUGAACCUUUACCAGCAGUCUUUGAUCAUCCGACGGCAACAUGAGGCCAAACUACUGAGCUCCAGGAGGGCAUGA